AUGUCAGGUCAAGAUUCCGGCUAUACCAAAUCCGAUGAGCAGCAGGACCUUGAGUCGCUCGAUCCAGACGGAAACCUCAUUUUAUCUAUUGAAGGCCAGAAUACUCGACGGUUCCUUGUGUCAUCCAAGGUUCUUAGCUUAGGAUCCGCAGUUCUUGCAAAAUUAUUAGGUCCAGGUUUUCGCGAGGGAAAGCAGAUAACAGAGUCUCACUGCCCUACAAUCUCUCUUCAUGAUGAUGAUCCAGCUUGCAUGAGGACUAUACUUGGGAUUCUACAUUAUAAAGGCAGUGGGGAGGAUCAAAUGAAUGCAGAGAGACUUGCUCUUAUGGCCAUCCACUGUGACAAGUAUGAUUGUAUUAAGGCCCUCCGACCGUGGAUCUUUAAGUGGUUCUAUGACUGUCAACCCAUUACGACUGAUGAGGAGUAUGGCUAUCUUCUACUCUCUGCACACCUUUUCCGUGAGAAAGAUCAAUUUUCCCGGCUAUCCGCGAGUGCUCAGACUCAACUUUCACCUGAAUUUAUCAUCAAAUGGCAGGGUAUUGAUAUUCUAAAGCUCCUACCGGAUGCUACUAAGGGCGAUUUAGCGGAUCACAUUGAGAACCUUCAGCAGGAAAUCAUGCAUGAAUUGCAAUCCCUUGAGGGCUCCUUGAGAAAUAACCAAAGAGGCUUUGAGAUGCAGGGGCUAGUUUGUGUGCGCUGUGGAAGAACAUACCCAAACUCAGCAGGAAGGUGUCAUGCCUGCCGCAACCAACAACUCUGCGUCAAAUAUUGCACCGCUGACUACCGCGUGGCGGAAUAUUUUUCAGCUUUGAGGAAAUCCGAGCUCUGGCCCUCUGUACAGCCGUUUCGAAUUUGUUCUGCAGAGACUAUUGCCUUGCGUAUCUCUGGUGCAAAAGCCACCUUGGGACAUAGUUGUGGCGCUGGUAAUGCAUGCCCUCUUGAGAUGGAAUUGGAUAUGCUGGCUCGAAAGGUCAACACAAUCCUGCAGAAAGUUAAAGGAUUCGAGCUCUAUCCUCUUUAUCAAAAGGAUGAUUCAAGAGAGAGAAUUCAAUAG